CCACCCCAUAAUCAGAAAAGGGCUGCGCUGCGGAACACAUUUCCAAUUACAUACCUCUCUCCCAAACUUUCGCCGUUUAAUCUGUCUGUACAUGGCGACGCCAGUCAGUGAGGUUUUCGAGAAUUCCACUGUUUCCGCCGAUAUCGUGCUGGAGCAGAAUCACGAAAAUCCAGUCCCCCAAAUGCCUAAUCAUGGAGGUGUGGAACCUCAGCUUGUUUUUUCUGAAGAAGAAGUAAGAGGCACAUUGGAAGCAAGUGCAUCCACAGGGAAAUAUUGGCAAGAUUGGGAAAAACUAAGGAGUAUGUUGUCCUACCAUCUUAAGCAGGUCUUGUCAGAAUAUCCAGAGGCUAAAAUGACCAAUGAGCAGCAAAUUGCCUUGUUAGGGGAGACCUACCAGGAGUUGGUGAAAAGGUUGGAUGAUGUUCUUCAUAGCUUUGAUGAAGGACCUCCAUUUACUUUGCAGAGGCUUUGUGAGAUUCUCUUGGCCGCGAGAGGUAUCUAUCCUAAGCUGUCGAAACUGUCUUUGGCUCUAGAAAAGAAUUUAUUGGUCACAUCUACAUUGACAAUCUCUUCUGAUCCAUCUCCACUUGGAACUGAACAAAAUUCAAAUGGAUCUUAUGAAGGAAGCAGGAGUGUGCGGCCUCCGACCAAUUCAGUAGAAAAUGGAAUAGAACCUCCUGUAAGGGACAAAGAUGAAAUAAUGGCUGAGGUGCAGGAAGCUGAGGUUGGUGAAGACAUGACAAUAGACAUGGAAACCAUUGAAGACAUAGUUAGAUCAUCAGAAACGAAUCCUACUCCAAAUGUUGAUCAUAGUAACUCAUAAUUUCAUGUGCAACACUGAUGAAAACUCCAGCCCAUAUGCUCUUAUUUGGAAUGGUACAUAGGUUGGAUGUUGGAUUUUCCUGAACAUGCACUGUUUGGUUGGCUAAUUGGUAUUGUGCUCCUGCCUACUUGUAUACUUUUUGUAGAACCAUCACCAUGUGUCCUUUUGUAAAACAUCACUUAGUGGUACUUGGAGCUUUUAUUUAUGCGCAGAAGAUGAGAUCCCGGUUUGAUA